AUGUUGGGUUCUGGAAUUUCACCUGACAAGUACACUUUUCCAAGUGUAAUUAAAGCUUGCGGUGGUGUGAAUAAUGUAAGAUUGGGUAAAGCAAUCUAUGAUACCAUCCAGUUUAUGGGUUUUGGAGUGGAUAUAUUUGUGGGUAGUUCUUUGAUUCAAUUGUAUGUGGACAAUGGUUGUAUACAUGAUGCAUGGUGCUUGUUUGUUGAAAUGCCUCACAAAGAUUGUGUUUUAUGGAAUGUCAUGCUUCAUGGUUAUGUUAAAAAUGGAGAAUCAAAGAAUGCUGUUGGAAUGUUCUUGGAAAUGAGAAAUAGUGAAAUUAAGCCCAAUGCAGUGACGUUCGCUUGCAUUUUGUCUGUUUGUGCCUCAGAAGCUAUGAUUGGUUUUGGUACUCAGCUUCAUGGGCUAAUUGUUGCUUCUGGGUUGGAGUUGGAUUCCCCAGUGGCUAAUACAUUGUUAGCAAUGUAUUCAAAAUGCCAGUGCUUGUCUGAGGCCCGAAAAUUGUUUGAUAUGAUGCCACGAACUGAUUUAGUGACAUGGAACGGAAUGAUAUCUGGGUAUAUACAAAAUGGGUUUAUGGUUGAGGCUUCACGCUUGUUUCAAGCGAUGAUUUCUUCUAGUGUCAAACCGGACUCAAUCACAUUUGCAAGUUUUCUACCAUCGGUUGCUGAACUGGCUAGCCUCAAGCAAGGUAAGGAAAUUCACGGUUACAUUGUAAGACACUGUGUGCCUUUGGAUGUGUUCUUGAAAAGUGCACUGAUUGAUGUAUACUUCAAGUGCAGGAAUGUGGAUAUGGCAUGCAAAAUUUUCAACCAAAGCACCAGAACUGAUGUUGUCAUGUGCACUGCUAUGAUUUCAGGGCUCGUUCUCAAUGGGAUGAAUAAUGAUGCAUUGGAAAUUUUUAGAUGGUUACUUAAAGAGAAAAUGCGACCGAAUUCUCUAACCUUGGCAAGUGUUUUACCAGCUUGUGCUGGUUUGGUUGCUCUGAAAUUGGGAAAGGAAUUGCAUGGAAACAUCCUCAAGCAUGGGCUUGACGGAAGGCUUCAUCUGGGAAGUGCGCUUACAGACAUGUAUGCAAAAUCUGGAAGAUUGGAUCUUGCUCAUCAAGUUUUUGAAAGAAUGUUUGAAAGGGACACCAUAUGUUGGAACUCAAUGAUAACAAGCUAUUCCCAGAAUGGCAAGCCAGAAGAGGCCAUUGAUAUAUUUCGUCAAAUGGGGAUGGCAGGUGCCAAGUAUGACUGUGUAAGCAUUUCAGCUGCUCUUUCUGCUUGUGCAAACUUACCGGCACUUCAUUAUGGGAAAGAGAUUCAUGGUUUCAUGAUUAGAAGUGCAUUUAGGUCUGAUCUGUUUGCUGAGAGUGCACUGAUAGACGUGUAUGCCAAAUGUGGAAACUUAGUUCUUGCUCGCCGUGUGUUUGACAUGAUGGAAGAGAAGAAUGAAGUUUCCUGGAACAGCAUUAUUUCUGCUUAUGGGAGUCACGGUUGCCUUCAGGACUCUCUUGUCCUGUUUCGUGAAAUGUUGGGUAAUGGGAUCCUGCCUGAUCAUGUCACCUUUCUUGGUAUAUUAUCUGCUUGUGGCCAUGCAGGCCAAGUUGAUGAUGGAAAUUUUUACUUGAUUGAGGAAUAUGGGAUCCCAGCUAGGUUGGAGCAUUAUGCUUGCAUGAUUCUGGUGUCUGGGGAACAUUGCUUGGAGCUUGUCGGGUCCAUGGCAAUGUUGAGCUUGCUGAAGAGGCAUCAAGACAUCUUUUUGACGUAG